AUGCCAGUUCCUCUUGCACCUUAUCCAACACCUCCAGCCGCAUAUGCUCCUCCUCCUCCUCCUCCUCCUACUACUCCUCCUCCGGCCAAUGGAGCACAGAGCCAGCUUGUGUGUUCUGGAUGUCGAAACCUGUUGCUGUAUCCAGUUGGAGCAACCUCUGUAUGUUGUGCUGUUUGUAAUGCAGUCACCGCUGUGCCACCUCCUGGCACAGAAAUGGCCCAGUUGGUUUGUGGAGGUUGCCACACCUUACUCAUGUACAUCCGUGGAGCAACAAGCGUUCAAUGUUCUUGUUGUCAUACAGUCAAUCUAGCCUUGGAGGCAAAUCAAGUGGCACACGUCAAUUGUGGGAACUGCAGGAUGCUGUUGAUGUAUCAAUACGGAGCCCGGUCUGUGAAAUGUGCUGUUUGCAAUUUUGUGACACCAGUUGGGGUCUCAACAAGCGUUACUGAACAGAAGUUCAAUACCUGA